AUGGAAUUCUUAAAAUCAUUAUGGCCUAAUUCUUCAACUAAUGUCAUUACAAUUCCUCAACAUAUAGAAGGUGAAUUAGAAGAUGAUUUAGAUUUAAAAAUUAAAUCAUUAACUUAUCUUUUUAAAAGAUUAAAUAUUGAAAAUUUACCAGCUUUUAUAAAUGAUGAAAAUGGGAUAUAUGAUUUGAGAAAUGAUGAAGCUAAUAAUGAAGAUACUUAUUAUAAUACUAAAUUAGAUACAAUUUAUAAUAAAAUUGAAUUUGAAAGAGUUUUAAUUAAUGAUGAACAUAGAAUUCUGGUUGAUUGGUUUAAAAAUAGAUUCCGUUCAAUUUGUAUCUUAUCAAAUUAUCCAUCAAAAUCAAAUUUAAAUUCUUUGGGGAAACAUUUUAAAUUUAUUGUAUUAAAACCAGAUUCAUCAGAUGAAGAUUAUUUAAAAAUAUUAAUAAAUUCAGAUAUUUAUUAUGAACAUCCAAUUGAUCCAAUUUUAAAAACUGAUAUACUAUUAGAAAUUCUAAAAAAUCAAAAAUUAUUAAAACCAAGUUAUAAAAAAAAUUUUAAUAAAAAUGAUCGUUCAAUAAUUAUUUUAAAAUAUGUUAGAAAAUUAAGUGAAAUUAUUCAAAUUGAAAGAAUUUAUAAAGCUUCAUUAUUAACAAAAUUAGAAGAAUUUAAAAAUUCAACUUUAGGAUUAAUUAAAGAAGAUGAUCAAUAUGAUGAUAAUGAAGAUCAUUCAGAUUUAGAACAAGGUGUUAAAGUAUUCCCAAAUACAAUUAGAUCAAAUAAUUCAACAACAAAUUUAAGAUCAAGAUCAAGAUCACCAAUUCGUAAAUCAAGAGAUGAUAACCAACAACAGCAAUCACAACCAACUUUACAUAAACCUUUAUCAACAUUAAAAUUAAAUCAACAAUUACCACCACCAAAUUCUUCAACAAAAUUAACACCACCAUCAUCACCAACAAAAUUAAAUUCAUUAAAUUCUUCACAAAAUUCACCAAAAUUUAGAUCAAGAUCUUCAUCACCAAUUAAAUCUUUAAAAAAGAAACAAUCAAUGACUUUAUUAAAAAUGGAUAAAUCAUUAAAUAAUAAUGAUGAACAACAACAACAACAAUAUCAACCUACAUCAACUUUAUUAUCAAAUGAAGAAAAGUCAUUAAUUUAUUCACAAUCUGAACAAGCUGUAUUGUUUAGAGUUGAAAGAGAACGUAAAUUAUUAAGAUCAAAUUGA